AUGGGUAGCACCAUCUUCCAAAUGAAGAAAAAUCUCAAAACUGCAUUGGACAGCAUACAGAAUGAUACCACAACAAAGGGAUGGUUCAGCAAAUUCAUACUCUAUAUCCCUUCCAAUCAGCAAUACUGGUAUCCACCUGUGAUCUCGACCAACUCCGAUGAUAUUGUUGCCGCUGUGAUGAACAUCACUACAAUGUCUUGCCCUGGUCCCGAUGGAUGCUCACCAAAUUGUCCUCGUCCGAUAAUGGCAACGCUGAAAAAAGUUCUCGCACUUCCCGAUGUUGUUAGCCCGAACUCAGUUGUUCUUGUUGUAUCACGCUCAUCACCUGAGGAUUACCCGCUGGUCAACGGCAUGAUCCAAACCCUGAUUGACAGUAAAGUUCAGAUUAACUUCGUGCUUCCUGCAAUCACGUCGCCUUGUGGUGAAGGCUGGAACACGCCUGAGGCAAACGCCAUGUAUACAGCUACCAGUUACAGUGAUGGCAGUGUCUUUGUUAUGUCUCCUGUUGAUUUUGCUGUGAACUUCCUUCAAAAGUAUGUUCCAUCUCUGUACAGAUCAGCUGGGCUCGAAUACGGUAGUACUAUGAAUUGCACAUAUCAGGAAUAUCUGUUCCAGGUUGAGCACUCUCAGUAUGAAUUCACAGUUGAGUACUACCAUCCUAUCAUUAAUCCGGCAGUAGUGAUCACUUUAACGGAUCCGGCAGGAGAUUAUAUUCCUCUACCUCCGAAUCUCGUCGCUAGCGAUACUAAUUAUGUGGGAGUGCUACAGGUGAAUGACACUGGUGUGGUCAGGGCUGGUACAUAUCGUUUGACGAUGUCUGGAGGAGGAGGCGCUUACUGCAGUCUGAACGUUAGAGGUCGAGGAGCAAUCGAGAUAUAUCCAGCUUACGUCAAAUCGUCAAGUGAUUCGUAUGGUGGGGCCACGACUGAUAGCGCUCAUUAUGCACCUAUGAAAACAACACAAUUGUCGUGCAUGCUGAUGGACUCGUCAAUGGGAACGCUUACCUAUGUCCAAGUUGUAGCACCUAGUGGUCUUGGAUUGCAACAUACUUCAGUCCUGCUUCCGCGAGACAGCCAGAAAUGCUCCUAUGAGUACUAUGCACCUGUGCCGUUCUUCUGCAGUUACGAGCAGUACAUCAUCAUCAUCUAUGGUAUCGAUUCACAAGGAGCCACAUUCCGUCGCAAAUAUCUCACAAACUGCGUAUCAACUCGUCCGCCUCCUCUACCACCUAAGCCUUUUUGUGAUCUGAGUACUGUGACACAGGACCUGCUAUUUGUGCUGGAUUCUUCUCAAAAAGACGCCAACUCCGAAAGCACCUUCAAAAGUAUUCGCGACUUUGCUGUAAAGACUCAGCUGCCAUUCAAGUUCUCUGCUGACUAUGCGCAAGUGGCCGCCAUGACCCUGGCAGAUAGUGCACAAGGUGGUUUCUCAUUUAAUGCUGCUGAACAUACAUUUGACAAUGUCCAAAUGCUGCUGUCCAAUUUGACAUUCCUCGAUCGACCUGGACAAAAUGUUACAAGCGCUAUGCAGCUCACAAUUAAUUCCUAUGGAAGCGCUAAUCAAGGCUAUCGCCCGUCAGCACGACACCUACUGGUAUACGUUACCAACAACAAGUUCGUUUGA